GUCCUGUCCUGUCCUGUCCUGUCCUGUCCUGUCUUGUCCUGUCUUGUUUUGUCCUUUUCCACUCUAGGUAAGUAUGAUGUUAUGUAUGUAUGUAUUAUUCGACAUAUUGGCGCGGCUACCUCUCGUCCGCCGAACCUAGCAAACAUCCACCUCACUACUAGGCAAGGCAAGGCAAGGAAAGGCCCAACUUGGGUAUCUAAUUCGGCGGGACGGGGCGAGAAUACAUACCUUACAAGGUACUAG